AUUUAUUUGAGUUAAUAGAUAUCCCCCUCCUUGUCCAGGUUUGGUUUCGCUCAUUCCAAGAUGGCAGCCUCCUGGCUGCGGCAGAGUGCGCCGCUGGCUCGAGCUGUGAGCGGUCUCGCAGUAACCAAAAGGUCUCUGCUCUCUGCAGCUUAUUUAGAUAGUCAGAAAUGGGACCAGAGGAAGAAAGAUCCUCAAAAUCUGGCGGAAUUAGCUGCACUAAUGGACAUGACUUAUGAGAAGAAACUUCCAGUCAGCUCAUUAACAAUAGCACGGUUUAUCGACAACAUUUCUUCAAGAGAAGAAGUUGAGCAGGCUGAAUACUAUCUUUACAAGUUUCGACAUAGUCCAAACUGCUGGUAUUUAAGAGAUUGGACUAUUCACAGCUGGAUUCGACAAUGUUUGAAGUAUGAUGCUAGGGACAAGGCCUUGCACACUGUGAGAAACCAGUUACAAUAUGGAACUUUUCCAGAUAACUUCACAUUUAAUUUACUGUUGGACUCUUACAUUAAGGAAGAAGACCUUAUGAAUGCGCUAGCUGUUGUCAAUGAAGUGAUGCUACAAGAAGCAUUUGAUGAGCAAUGCACACAGCUUCUUUCUCUCUAUGUUCUACACAAAUACCUACAUAGUAAGCCGGAGUUGAAGUUGGAAGAUGAGCGGAAUCUGGGUGCAGCUUUAUUCUUGGUAGGACUGAAGCAGAACAAUACGGUUGGCUUUAGCUCUCAGCUUCUGGGCCUUGCAUUGCUUGGAAAAGUUGAACUAGCUAAGGGGAUCCGUGCUGUUUACACCAAAAUGCCCCUGAUCUGGACCCCAGGGUACUUGGGCCGAGCUCUGAAUGUAAUGGAGAACACGGUGAAAGCAUCAAAUGGAAAAAGGCUUUGUAAAGAAGCGGUGGAUGCCAUGGCAACCAUUUUGGAGAAAGCAGCAUCUGAGACUGGCGAAUCCAUGGUGACAGAUGAAUCACAGGAAACAAAACAAGAUGCUGCAUUUGAUGACAAUGAUGACGAUGAUAAUGAAAAAUUAAAGCUUACAGACUACUUGAGCAGAUUUAAGAAACUUUAUGCAGAGCUGGAGUCUCUUGGAAAGAUUGAAGCAGAAAGUCUAUUGACUCUGACAGACAAGCUUGUCAAAGAAAAUCUCCCAUCAUCUGAAGCUGGUGAGAUCCUUAAUUACGAGAGGAAGUUAGAAAAGUGGGAAGAAGAACGUGCUGCACUGAUUCAGAGAGAAAAAGAGUUGAGAGAGAAGGCUCGCCAAGAGAGAGAAGCCAGAUUAACAGCAAAAGCCGCAACUUAAACUUAGUUAUGCUCCACCUUUUGUAAAAGUGACCAUGUUGACCUGCUAAGUUGAUUAAAUUGUAUCAUGAAUUGCA